CUGGACACGGUACCAACAGUGAGCUCCUCCGGCAGUCGAGGCUGCGUUGGCCGAGUCAUGGAGAGCACAUUCCCAGUCAACGUGUUUGUCCGGAGAGAGGGGGCUAAACGGGCGCGACACGGACUGUAAAGAUGGGCUGAUGCGGUACAGAAGGAUGUGGAGGCUCGCGACGGUGUCUACUGGACAGCAGGAGGCAGUCACUUGCUCCAGCUACAGAAGAGAACGGCGGAGCGAUGUUUACAACAACGGGCAGAGGAGCGCCGGGAUGAUGAUGAUACAGUCCACAAUUUACAUCCGUCAGUGAACACGACCCACGCAGGGUGCAUGUGCGGGCGACGAGGCGAGACCAGGAGCCACAUCGCCAGGUUCAUGAACAGGCGAGCCCCUGCGAAAGAGCGUUACCGGCCGACAGAUUACGAGCAUGCAGCGAACUGCGUGACACAUGCCCUGUGGAUUCUCCCGAGCACCCUGGGCAGUCUGUUGCUGCACAGGCGCGCCGACGGGCCCCUGGAGGGCGUCACGGCCUGCGUGUACGGCCUGGGCCUUUGCGCGCUCUUCACCGUCUCCACGCUCUUCCACACCAUCUCCUGGAGGAAGAGCCACCUGCAGCGAGUGGAGCAGUGCUUCCACAUGUGCGACCGGGUCACCAUUUACUUCUUCAUCGCCGCCUCGUACGCGCCCUGGCUGAAUCUACGUGAGCUGGGCCCAUGGGCUGCACACAUGCGCUGGCUGGUGUGGGUCAUGGCAUGCGCGGGCACCAUCUACGUGUGCCUGUAUCACGAGAGGUACAAGCUGUUGGAGCUGCUGUGCUAUGCCACAAUGGGACUGUGUCCAGCACUUGUCAUCCUCUCAUCCCCGGAGCAGGACGGCGUGUGGGAGCUGGCGCUGGGCGGGGCCCUGUACGCCCUCGGAGUGGUGUUCUUCAAAAGCGACGGGCUGGUGCCGUUCGCGCACGCCAUCUGGCACGUGUUCGUGGUGCUGGGCGCCACCGUGCACUACUUCGCCAUCUGGCACCAUCUCUACGGGCGUGGGGCCGGCGGCGUCGACGGGGCAGCCGCCGAACCGCUCGGCGUGCGCGUCGUGUGGGACUUUUGAAACGGCGGCGGCGGUUUGUUGUGCGCGCGGCGCGUACGCGUGGCGAUCGGGACGGUGGGUCGAAAAGUCUUUUGUGGCCUGAUGUGUGGGAGGGACGUGACGCUACGGCUUUACUUUUGAGGUGGCAAUACCUUCACGGAGGUCGUCACGGUGUCGUGGCAGUAGGAUGGCUUGCGUUGUGGUCUUUUUACGGGUGUUUUUUUUUUUUUAAAAACGUCAAUGUAUAAAUAUGGAGAGACAGAAACACAUUUUGGUUGUUUUCAUGAAUGUCAAGAGAAUCCAGAGACAUCUGGAGCAAAAACCCACACUUCCCAGACCUGGCUCACCCCCAGUGCCUUCCACAUGUCUCUGCAGGUAAAGAUUCACUUGCAGACGAGUUGAUGUUCUCGUGACGAUGAAGAAACUUGAGCUGGAAGCUCCGAGUAGAUUGAGGAGAGAGAUGAGCAGCUGUCCUGGCUGGGGAUUAAAGCAUCGAGUCAUCGAUGAUCAUGACGGUGAUGACGAUGGACCAAGUGCAUUGCACUACAACGGAAACGCUGAGAGAAAUCGGGCAGGGAAAUAAUCAUUCCUUAAGGAUACGAAUUGCCAAGUCAGGCCACAAACUUUUCGAUUACUCCAGCUUAUACAGGAUAACUUCUCUUACCCGUGGUGAUGCGAGGGACACACCUCCACGGAUCCUAUUAUCCACGGGGUUAUGCACGAGUUGACUCCUCUUAUCCAUGGAAUGAAAAAAUAACGGAUAGCCCCGUGGAUAUUAGCAUGAACGUUUUGCGUGACUCCCAAUAAUCUGCGAGAAAAAUCUCGGACAAUGAGGAAUAAUGGGGUGACAUACAUUGCCUGCGGAUAACCCCGUGGCUAAGAGCAUGCACUUGUCAUGCAGCUUCCUUUAUCCGCACGAAAAUAAUGGUGACUGUUAGGAAGCAGUUUCACCAUGUACCUUGGGUAAAAUUGUAGAUAGCUGCUGAUAAUAGGAAGAAAUGGCGCCAUGAACAAUCUAUUUUUUUUCACGGACCCUACAGCUGCGGCGGAUAAUAGGAGUUGCGGAUAAUAGGGCCGCGGGUAAAAAGGGGUUCUCCUGUAUGAAUGUAUAGCUGCAUGGUUGUUUAGAACUUGCCAGAAGCAAUUGUUGCUAGUUAUGAGGACAUACAAGUCAUAUAUAUAUGGACCUUCCACAAACAGCGCAAGUCACGCAAGUGAUCGUGAGAUUACAAAUCGAGGUGAGGGUGCUGUCAUUUAAUAUCAAAUUACUUUUGCCAACAGAAUCAUGGACCUAUGCAGGGUGAUGCGUUUAUAACACUACGGAGAAAUUGUAGAGAAGCCGGCGUUUCAUUUCAUCGCCGGCAGACGUCUUCCACCAAUCUGAACGCACGAGGUUAACUCUCUUAACAGUCUGCUGAUACUCCACCUUGUCCAACGUAGCCCAUGCGAUUAGAUUACAACAAUGAUGCAUAAUUUUGCAUCGCGCGCACACACACACACGGUAUUCGAUGUGACCACAGCAGAUAAAGUCCAGCGGGGCUACGCCAGUGGAGAAUGUGUCGGUGAGUUAUGUCCGGUGAAUGCGAGGGCCACGCAAUUUGUUUCACCUCGGACAAUCCAUUGCACAGGUGUCUCUUGCAACCAGUCGUGCACUGCACCGAGACCAAGGUCAUUAGAAAUCGGUGGGGUAUCUAUCUAUGGAUCACUUUGCAUUUGCGGCGGCAGCCUCAACAGCGCAGCUGUCCAGCGUUACUUUCAAAGUCACUGGGAGUCGCCAUCGCAGCUGUGACCAGAUAUUCGCUGUUUCCGUCACUGUGCUCAAUGUCCAUGAUCCCGACUGCAAAAAGGUGUACAAAAUGUAUUAUGUGCCAUCACAGUGGAUUGCGGUUUACGGAAUUAAUGUAACUCAUAGCUACUGUUCUCUUCCACCAAAUAAUGCUCAAAUAAGAUUUUGGUAUGCCCAGCAGCCUAUGGCGCUCUGUACCAGUUCUUCUCAGCCGCAUUUGUUUUCAGCAGGCAAACUCUAAACUGGCUUCGACUUCUCUUAUAUCACUUUUUCACCAUCGCAUCUGAGCUGAGCCAGUGCGGGGGCCAUCACCGCCACAGUGGUUUUCCCCGCUGGCUAUUUGCCGUGACGAGUUGAAACCAAACCCCACGGUCGUGUGGCCUCACGAUAAAUAUGAUUCUGGCUUGGGGCCAAGCGGGGCCAAGCAGGGCCAAGGGGCAGGGUUCAUCAUUUCCAUCGUGUUCCUUCAUUGUAGGCGACGUCGGCAGCACGGCUCGGAUCCUGCAGUGGAAAAACAACGUGGGGCCUCCCCUGUGCCACACCGAGUUGGCUCUGCACAGCUCCACUACGGCCCCGUUGUUGUACAGGGUGAUCCAGAUGCCUUGUGACCCCCAUUUGAGUCUCUAGAACUUUGAAAUCUUUUAAAAUGAAGGUUUAUAUUUAAAACAGAAAUUAAUAUGCGAAGGACAUAUUUUUUAGGGAUUAAUGUGGGCUUCACAAGACAUUUUAUAACCAUGCACAAUAGAACAAGAGGUGUUAAAUUAAUAAUCAGAGUAUGGCUUACUUGGUUUAUAAUUUACAAUGUUGCUGUACUGCACUGAGCGGAUUCGUGGAACACCCCCGCCUGUGACGACUGAACACCCAGGAGAAUCUGUUUAACUGGCCACACCCUGCUAAUACGAUCCAGAGACGUCAAAACCAGUCCAGGGUUUACUGCUUAAACACCACGAUACUGGGAAAAAAAUUGGACCACAAAAUCCGUAGAUUGGUGGACCUAAACGUUAUUUACAUUUUUAUGCGGUGACACAGAAUCUCAUAUUAUGUAAAGAAAGUUGUUUGGCCUUUGAAGCCUGUGAUCCCUUGUGGGCCUUGUGUUUUGUAUAGUGUCAAUUUGACAUGACAUAUACUGCUGUAUUUGACAGAUGUAUCGAUGGUUAGGAAGUGCGGUAAAUCAUAGACACCAGUGUUGGACAAAUGCCCAUGUUGAGCUGAAGGGGAUUAUGGACGUAUUUUUUUUAUUCUGAAGGCAAAAUGAAUGGGAAUAAAUGUACUCGGACUCCAUAGAUCUUAUUACUACAAUUGAACUGGAAUAUAAAAAAAAAUUUCUGCAGGUGUAGGGUGAUGCAUGCCUGUGGCCCAGCACAUGUGGAUGCAGGAUUGAUGGAUCACGCAGAGAUCAUCAUAUGCUGCCCAGACUCCUUAAACUUGCUGGGCUUCCGGGUGGCCAGGCGAUGUCAGCACAGCGAGUUGGUUAUUGCCUCGCACGGUGGGGUUUCUCUGGGUACAUCGGUUUCCUCUGACAGGCAAAGGAUCCUCAAAACACGGAACUGGGAAAACAUCCCAAAACAAGGUCCUCCUGUGAGCAUAUUGUGAGACCCAUUGAGGCUCUUCUGGAUGAAUGGCGUCCUCAUAAACGAGGACAUAAGUGCGUGAAUGUAGCGGCUUGCAGAGAGUGGUGAUACAUCUUGAGGAAGGGGCAGACGAGCACCAACUACAAGGAUGGACACUGAACUAAACGGAGACACCCUUGGUGUCCAUACGGAGAGUAUUCUAUGAUACCUGUCGUGUUUUAGGCAGUUCAGAAUGUUUUUUUUUUUAUACAUGGGAACUGAACUGGCCAUUCAUUUCUUAACUUACAUUUUGUAAACGACUAGUAUGUAUUUGUAAAAGAAAACAUGUAUUAAUUAAUAUGUGUGUAUUUUAAACGGUGAGUUGACGCAUUUCACAAGUUGAUAUUCCUGGUGGUUUAAAAAGAGCGGAGGGUACAGACCUGCCCAGUUUCAAAAAAAUGUGGCAUCUUGAACAAAUCUCGUGGUCAUUUGUCCUCACCACCGAGCCAUUUUUUAAACGAUCCAAGGGUUGAAUCCCCAACACAGUUGCCUGGUGAUUUCUGGAUGAUAAAGAUUUUUUUUUAUGUAACGGUAUCGUACAGCUUACUAAAAAAUGGUCAAGUAAAAAAAGAAUCCACAAAAUGUAGCGAAACGUAACCGAUUUUAUAAUUGCGGGAUACCCAGAUUCUCAUUCAGGAGAGGAACAAUGAUGCUCGCUGGGCUCUCGUCUGGUUAAACGAAGGAGAAAUGGGAUCACCACACUUUGGUAGGGUGGCUUUUGGCAACUUUAACCAAAAAACACGCACACGUGUGCGCAUGGAGCACACUUAAGCACUUAUUGCACGCUAAGUCGUGGGAUCGAUUUUUGAGUUUGAGAGACAAAUAGCCAUGGGGGACCCACGUGAGGAAGCCAAAGGGACCCCCAUGGCGGCUAUUGAACAGGGGCACUGUUCUACGACUACGAAUUAUGGUCGCCCGUGGUUUGAGCUUUGGCUGCCGCGUGAAUGUACUGUCUGGUGGUGAUAUGAGAGCUCUGUAUGGACGGGGCAAACGUCGAGCUCUUGCGGGAAACGGAUCACUUUUGUAACGGUGGUCAAAUUCUUGUUCCUGGCGAACAGGCGUCGCGCCCCCAGCGUGCGAGUGUUAAUGUGCAUGGAAGGUAACACUUUUAUACCACAGUUUAUUAUUGUACUAAUGCACUUUUAACUUUUGCACGCUGUUUUGCAAGAAGAGAAAUAGGCUAAAGUAACGUUUGCGAAACAGAAUGGCAUUCUUACCUUUUAGAGAAGGCAAUGGUGAUAUGUUAUAACUGCUUUUAUUUAGUUUUUGGAAUAAAAAAUAAAUAUGAAGCAUUGACAGGUUUGAAUCUUGUGAAAAUGGGGUGAUCGUCAGACCUAAUUUCAACUUGGGCCUCUUCUUAGGAUCAACUACAAAUAUUAUUGUUCCAUGAUGAUCCUGCUCCAUCUUAAAUACCUUCCGCUGGGCAUGUACAUACGAUGUUCUCGGGAUGGUCCCAGUUUUCAGACUAAUCCAAAAAUUGAGCCUAGGUACAACAGUUCAGACGAUCCUUAAAAAGUUUGUUUCGGUUUGAAACAUGGACUCGCAGAGCGCGCGCUGGCCGAGAAAGCAUAAAUAAAACAAACGAAUAUUA